AAUGCAGAAGUGUUCACAAGCAGAACAGUUAUAAUGAGAUGGAUUGCCCGCCAGUUCAGUUGCAUGUAUCGGAACACCAUGUGGUUCUUGACAAUGGCAUAGUCAGAGUGACUUUCUCGACCCCUGAUGGAAUGAUCAUCGGAAUCAAGUACAAUGGUAUCGAAAAUUUACUGGAAAAAACUUACACUCGAGAUAACCGCGGGUAUUGGGACAUUUAUUGGAACAAAAGAAGCCAUCUUCAGGACACUAUCGACAAGCUUGAUGGAACAAGUAUGACAGUUGUAAAGCAAGAUGACGAUCAAGUUGAGAUCUCAUUCUGGAGAACAUGGAAUAAUAAUACUUCAGAAACAGGGCUGCCCUUAAAUAUUGACAAAAGGUACAUAAUGUUGCGUGGUGACUCUGGAUUUUACUCGUACGCGAUUCUCGAGCGCUUGGAAGGUUGGCCUGACGUUAACCUUUCUCAAGGGCGCAUCGUGUUCAAACUUCAGCACGAUCUGUUUGAAUACAUGGCAGUGUCUGAUGACAGACAAAGGAUAAUGCCUACAACUGAAGAUCGCGAGAGAGGUCAGGUUCUCGAUUAUCCGGAAGCUGUUCUUCUUACAAAUCCAGCCAAUUCUUUACUUAGAGGAGAGGUUGAUGACAAGUAUCAAUACUCGAGCGAUAACAAGGAUAGUCGUGUUCAUGGAUGGAUAGCAAUUGACCCUCCCACUGGGUUUUGGGUAAUUACACCAAGCAAUGAAUUUAAGACAGCUGGGCCCGUCAAACAAGACCUCACCUCACACGCAGGCCCGAUUUCCCUAUCAAUGUUUUUUAGCACUCAUUAUGCCGGACUACCUCUGGUAAUAACAUUUGAAGAAGGGGAACCUUGGAAAAAGGUAUUUGGGCCCGUUUUUAUCUACCUUAACUCGGUUGACAGCGGUGAAGAUCCACUUACGCUGUGGGCCGAUGCAAAGGAACAGAUGCUCAUAGAAACCGAGAGCUGGCCUUAUGAUUUCCCAGCCUCGGAUGAUUUUCCUUUUGCCGAUCAGCGUGGUGUAGUGAGUGGAAGAUUACUUGUUCGCGAUAGUUACAUCAAUGACAAUCUGAUGACUGCAAACUCGGCUUAUGUUGGGUUAGCUUUACCAGGCAAACUGGGAUCAUGGCAAAGAGAAAACAAGGGCUAUCAGUUUUGGAGUGAGUCGGAUGAUUUGGGGUAUUUUAUCAUUACCGGCAUUCGACCUGGCAAGUAUUGUCUCUAUGGUUGGGUCCCUGGAUUUAUUGGCGACUACAUGUACGAAUAUGUAAUCGAUGUGCUACCAGGAGGCGAAAUUAAGCUUGGAAAUAUCGUAUUCGAACCUCCAAGAAAUGGGCCUACCUUAUGGGAAAUCGGCAUUCCUGAUCGUACGGCUGCUGAAUUUUUCGUGCCAGAUCCAAACCCACAACUCAUGAACCAGUUAUAUCGUAGUCAGGCCGAUAAGUUCAGGCAGUAUGGAUUGUGGGAUAGGUACACAGAGUUAUACCCAGAUCAAGAUUUAGUCUAUACAGUAGAAACAUGCAAUUACCAAACAGAUUGGUAUUUUGCUCAUGUCAACAGGAAAAUAAACAAAACAUACGUACCAACAACCUGGACGAUUAUGUUCAACCUCACAAGCGUCGAAAAUGUAUCGGCCGAUUACACCCUCCGACUUGCAUUGGCAUCAGCUACUGACGCUGAAUUACUGGUUCGGAUAAAUGAUGGGGCUGCAAAAAGGCCACAUUUUAGCACGGGUUUGAUAGGGAAGGACAAUGCAAUUGCACGGCAUGGAAUUCAUGGACUUUACUGGCUAUAUAGUGUCAAUGUACCGGCUUCUCUACUUGUCAAUGAUUCUACAAACACUAUAUUUUUGACUCAAUCGAGAGCUUCUAUCCCUUGGAGAGGGAUCUUGUACGAUUAUAUACGGUUUGAAGGUUCAUCUACGAAUAGUACUACGCGGACGUGAGAAAGACAUAUACUAAUUAGUAUUGGCUUUAGUUUAGUUUCACUGAAAUGGCCUUCAACUAGGAGCUUGCACAGGUAGGUAGUUCAG